AUAUUAAAUACUGGUUCUUCCGCAUGAAUAAGGCAUGAAAACUGCAGCUUCUAUUCUCUAAUAACUAAUAAUGCUACCCUCACAUUUCUGCUUCUUUAUCUCCCUGUCUCUCUCACACUUAUAUUAUCUAUCUCGCUGUGCUGCAAUUGGUCACCCCCUUUUGUACUGUAUCUCAUACUGUCUAAUUACUUGUAAAGCAAAGCAAUAGUGCCAGGAGAAGAGCGCAAGAGCAUAUAAAUCAAUCAUUAUGAUGGGCUUGUUGUCACUAGGACCCUUGUCUAGUCCUGUUAUGUGUACAGCCACCGGUGGAUCUCACUCUCAAGACGCUUUCUAUAUUAAGCGUGCUGCCGAUUUGGCUGACAAGUCUGCCGGCUUUACUGCACCACACCCCAAUUUCGGGUGUGUCAUUGCGGUGAAGUCUGGCUCCAGGGUGGUUGGAGAAGGUUACCUUCAUGCACAGGGGACAAAGCCUGCGGAAUUGCAGGCUGUCGAAGCGGCUGGCGAGUACUGCAAGGGUGCCACAGCUUAUGUCAAUAUGGAACCUGGUGACUGCCAUGGCGAUUCCACCGCUGUGUCUUCUUUUAUUAAGGGAGGAAUUACUAGAGUUGUUGUUGGAAUUAGGCAUCCACUGCAGCAUCUUCGGGGAAGUGCUAUUCGAACACUAAGAAGCGAGGGAUUGCAGGUUGAUGUCCUUGGAGAAGAUCUGCACGGUAAAACAAUUGAGGAAGCUCUAAAACCUUGCCUCCUAGUCAAUGCUCCUUUGCUAUAUAGAGCUGCUUGUCGCAUGCCAUAUUCUGUUCUGAAGUAUGCAAUGACCCUUGAUGGAAAGAUUGCCGCUUCUAGUGGGCAUGCUUCAUGGAUCAGCAGCAGACAGUCAAGAGGACAAGUUCUUGCAUUGCGGGGCAGGAGUGAUGCUAUUAUCGUAGGAGGAAAUACUGUACGCAAAGAUAAUCCACGACUAACCGCAAGAAAUGGAGGUGGCCACAUGCCUUUGCGGCUUGUAAUGUCACAGUCUCUUGAUCUUCCCGAGGUAGCAAAUCUUUGGGAUGUUGCUGAAGUGCCUACCAUUGUUGCAACACAAAGAGGUGCUAGAAAGAGUUUCCAAAAGCUUCUUGCUUCCAAAGGCGUUGAAGUGGUGGAAUUCGAUAUUCUAAACCCAAGGGAUGUUACAGAUUACUUGUAUGAUCGUGGUUAUCUUUCACUUUUUUGGGAGUGUGGAGGGUCAUUAGCUGCAUCUGCUAUUUCGUCCAGUGUCAUUCACAAGGUCUAUGCAUUUGUUGCUCCAAAAAUAAUUGGUGGAAAGAAUGCACCAUCUCCGGUAGGUGAACUUGGUAUGGUUGAGAUGACACAAGCACUGGAGUUGAGUGAUGUUUGCUAUGAGCAGAUUGGUCCUGAUAUGCUUAUCAGUGGAUUUCUUCAGCCUGUUCCUGACCUGAGUCCUUCAGUUCCAUUGAUGGAUGAAACUUCUGCAAUUGAUCCAUCCAUUUCCCCUUACGAUCCAAGUGUUAUAUUCUUCUAUAAAGCAUGGGAUCCUUAUGGUGCCUUUUCUAACUUCUCUCACCAUCCGAUUCAUGUUCCUGAUGAUAAUGGUGAUUACAUUACUUGGUCGAGUGUAGAACACUAUUAUCAGGCACACAAGUUUAUGGGGAUGAAUGAUUCUGAAGUAGGAUUACAUAUUGAAGACAUAGUGCAUGCAAAAAGUCCAGAGGAAGCAGCACGAAAAGGAAGAAAAUUACAAAGGCAGCGGCCUGAUCUGGUAAGACCAGACUGGGAGAAUGUGAAGGUUGAUAUUAUGUACAAGGCCUUGAAAUAUAAAUUCUCGAUUUACCCCCACUUAAAUUCUAUACUGCUAUCAACAGCGGGCUCUGUUCUAGUAGAAGCUUCUCCUCAUGAUCUUUUCUGGGGUGGAGGCCGGGACGGCGAAGGCAUGAAUUAUUUGGGCAGGCUUCUGAUGCAGUUGAGAUCAGAAUUUCUUGGUGAAAUUCCAUCAAGUGUCAGCACUAUGGUUCAAGCUGAAAGUAAAAAUGAAGCAAGAACUUGAGCCUGUAAGCUGUGUAAUUUAUUUGGAAAGUCAUUGUUUGAAAGUAGCCACCAAGUUUUGAAAUGUUGCCGGUAAUAAAGAUGUGGGAUUUGCAGUAUUUGAAACAGUACAUUUCCGUACCUUUACUUCCUGUUCUUUAAGGCUUCAGAAUAGGACAGUAACUAGAGAUAGACUAGUUCAGUACUUCAGGUUCAGGGUUCUUUAAACUUCACAGGUAUAUUCUUUUUUUAUUGUUUCUCAUCAAGACUCGAAAGAACUCAAAUAGCAGUCUGAAAAUACAUUGUAUGCUGGUUGAAAUCAGGAAUCGUAAUUAAUUAGUUGAUUUACUGAUUCGGGAUUUUUGAUUCAA